AUGGGCAAGUGGAGCAUCGGGCGAAAGCCGGGCCGCACACUCGGACUCCUGCUGCUGGUGAUCUUGAGUUUCCUGGUGCUCUGCAGGUAUUUGCAUCUCAGGCUGGGCAGCUAUGACCAUGAGGCGGCUCAGAGAUUGGAUUGGUAUAAUCUGCUCCCUGCGUGGCUAAGACACCGGCAGUCAGGGCUGCAGGCCAACGGCCAAUACUUCAUGCUGGAGGACUCAACUUUCUGGAUCUUCGGGGGCUCCAUGCACUAUUUCCGGGUGCCCAAGGAAUACUGGAAGGACCGUUUGCUGAAGAUGAAAGCUUGUGGCUUGAAUACCCUCACCACCUAUGUUCCAUGGAACCUCCAUGAGCCAGAAAGAGGCCAGUUUGACUUCUCUGGGAACCUGGACCUGGAGGCCUUUGUGCUGAUGGCUGCGGAGAUCGGGUUGUGGGUGAUUCUGCGUCCAGGCCCCUACAUCUGCAGUGAGAUUGACCUCGGGGGCUUGCCCAGCUGGUUACUCCAAGACUCUGGCAUGAGGCUGAGAACAACUUACAAGGGCUUCACCGAAGCAGUGGACCUUUAUUUUGAUCACCUGAUGUCCAGGGUGGUGCCACUCCAGUACAAGCACGGAGGCCCCAUCAUUGCUGUGCAGGUGGAGAAUGAAUAUGGUUCCUAUAACAGAGACCCGGCCUAUAUGCCUUACAUCAAGAAAGCCUUGGAGGACCGAGGUAUUGUGGAAUUGCUCUUGACUUCAGACAACAAGGACGGCCUGCAAAAGGGAGUCAUGGAUGGAGUGCUGGCCACCAUCAACCUGCAGUCACAACAUGAGCUGCAGUUAUUAACCAACUUUCUCUUAAGUGUGCAGAGGGUUCAGCCCAAGAUGGUGAUGGAGUACUGGACAGGGUGGUUUGACUCGUGGGGAGGCCCACACAACAUCCUGGAUUCUUCUGAAGUUCUAAAAACAGUGUCUGCCAUCCUCGAUGCUGGCUCCUCCAUCAACCUCUACAUGUUCCAUGGAGGUACCAACUUUGGCUUCAUAAAUGGAGCCAUGCAUUUUCAUGAAUAUAAAUCUGAUGUCACCAGCUACGACUAUGACGCUGUGCUGACAGAGGCUGGGGAUUACACAGCCAAGUACUUCAAGCUCCGAGGUUUCUUUGGCUCUAUCUCAGGUGUCCCUCUUCCUCCCCAACCUGACCUCCUUCCCAAGACUGCAUAUGAGCCCUUGAGACCGAAUUUAUACCUGUCACUGUGGGACGCCCUGCAGUACAUGGAGGAGCCAGUCAAUUCUGAAAAACCACUCAAUAUGGAGAACCUGCCAAUAAACAAUGGAAAUGGACAGUCCUUUGGGUACACUCUGUAUGAGACCACCAUUGCUUCAUCGGGCAUCCUCAGUGGUCUUGUGCGUGACCGGGGACAGGUAUUUGUGAACACAGUGUCUGUAGGAUUCUUGGACUAUGAAAGGAAGAAGAUUGUUAUUCCCUUGAUCCAGGGUUACACCAGGCUGAGGAUCUUGGUGGAGAAUCGCGGGCGAGUCAACUACGGGGAUAACAUUGAUGACCAGCGCAAAGGUUUAAUUGGAAAUAUCUAUCUGAAUGAUUCUCCCCUGAAAAAAUUCAGAAUCUACAGCCUGGAUAUGAAAAAGAGCUUCUUUCAGAGGUUCAGCGUCGACAAAUGGAGCCCUAUCCCUGAAGUACCUACGUUCCCUGCUUUCUUUUUGGGUGCCUUGUCUAUUUCCCUUUCCCCUUUUGACACCUUCAUGAAGCUGGAGGGCUGGGAGAAGGGGGUUGUAUUCAUCAAUGGCCAAAACCUUGGACGCUACUGGAACAUUGGACCCCAGGAGACCCUCUAUCUCCCAGGUGCCUGGUUGGACCAAGGCAUCAACCAGGUUAUUGUUUUCGAGGAGAAGAUGGCAGGCCCUGUGAUACAGUUCACUGAAACACCCCACCUAGGCAGGAGCCAGUACCUUGAUUGA